AUGACACUGGCGACGACGGGACUGACCUACCUAGGUACUUGCUGGAAGCUGAAAUUGGAUCUGGCCCGGGCCCGGAUCUUGAUCUGCGCCUGCGCCUACUGCGUCUCUGCGUCCGCGUCCGCAUUUCCUUUCGCGAACUUGACUUGGGACCUUUGCCGCCCCUCAUUGAACACUGUAGCAACAUUCAAAGGUCUCUACGCGCGAAGAUCACGACAUCUCAACCGCUCCGUUGCAUCUCGCGCACCUCUGACAGUCUCUCAUCUCGUCGCCGUCCCUGCCCUGUCGACUGCGCCGCCAUCUGCCCGACUUCUUCCUCAACGCUUCCCUCUGCAAGUGCACCGACCGACCCGUCUGUUACCCGUACCUUUCCGUCAUCAUCAUUGUCGGACCCAUCCACGCCAUAGCCGCGGCACAUGGGAGAUUGCCUUUCCCGACAACCAACUUCGGCCAAAAAAAAAACCGCGAUACCCUCGAAAACCACCCACGCUUCCGCCCCCUCGCCCCGACGACGAAGCUGCCUUUAAUGGUCGAAACCAGUAUUUCAAUCCCAGAUACCCCAUUUACUAUGCCUCCGUUGCCGUUGUCGAGCUCUCUCUAAAUUUCUCGUUAUCCCUUCUCCAUUUUUUUGGGUCAUUCUUUGAAAGCAUUCUUCCAUCUGUGUUCAGCCACUGCUCCAGAGUCGCAUAG